AUGCCGACCAAUCUCAGCCACCUCGUGUUCGGCUUGCUCGCCUCCGAAAAGGCCUGGCCCAACCGAAAAUGGUACAUCGAGUCAUGGUGGCGGCCCAACUCCACCUGUGGCUUCCUCUUCCUCGACAAACCCCCGGGGCCCAACCUCCUGCCCUGGCCCGCCGAUACUUUCCCUCCCUACCGCGUCUCGGACGAUUUAACAAAAUUACUCAACAAGACCAAUAUCCGGGCCCAGAGGAUGGUGCACGGGAUAAUGAAAGUCGUGAGGGAGGUAGAAUUAGUUGAUGAUAAAGAAGACGAUUUCAGAUGGGUGGUGAUGGGGGAUGAUGACUCGAUUUUCUUCGUUGACAAUAUGGUCGACGUGCUUAGUAAGUACGACCACGAGAGGUAUUACUAUCUCGGUGGGAAUUCGGAGAGUAUAGUGUCGAAUUAUCUGUUUUUGUUCGACCAGGCUUUUGGUGGGGGUGGGAUAAUUCUGAGCCGAAAGCUGGCGAAAGCCCUGGCUCGGGACAUGGCAAGUUGUCUCAAGAGGUACGUGUUUUUGAACUCCGCUGAUAACACCACCAGGGCCUGUAUUGCUGACAUUGGUGCUAACCUAUCUCCAAACAAUGGAAAUCACCAGGUCGAUUUACGUGGCGAUAUAUCUGGCGUGUUAUCAUCCCACUCCCUGUCCCCACUCUUAUCCCUCCACCACUUUGACAAGGUGGGCCCCAUCUUCCCCAACAUGGACCGCCACCUGUCCACACGCCACCUCAUGAAGGCAGCUGGCGCCGGGCAGUCCCGCCUCCUCCAGCAAACUAUUUGCCACAACAGGUUGACUAACUGGACCUUCUCCGUCUCCUGGGGCUACUCGGCCCACAUAUACGAGAGCAUCUUCCCCAGGAGCUACCUUUAAAGGCCCAUUGAGACAUUUGGGCCGUGGCUAGCGGGCCCAAAGCCCCCGUUCUACUUGUUCAACACAAGCCACGCUCGCGGGACCCCUGCGUGGCUCCCCACGUCUUCUUCUUCGAGUGGGUGAUGCAGGGCCCACAUGAUGAGGUUCUCACCAGCUAUUCCCGAGCGUGGCCACGUGGCAUGCCGGCCUGCUCAUCCACGGCCAAUCGUUCGGCGGAUUACGUGCAGCGGAUUCAAGUCUUCUCGCCUGCCGUUAAACGGACUCGGGUGGAUAGAUGUGAGUGUUGCGACAUUAUUCGAGUCUACAGCGUUGAGGCAGAGAUCAGAAUUAGGGAGUGCUCAACAGAUGAAAUAAUCGCUUAACUAAUACCGGCUUAUUUACUCGCGCGAUUUACUAUAUAUGCAUAUUUCCGGAUUUAACUCUGUGUACAUAAAAUGCAUAAACAUAUUUAGAAUUUGAAGCAUUAUAUAUUUUUGUCAUGCGGUUCGUAACAAUGGUCUGUUACAAAUAUUUU